AUGACAGCCGGGACAGUGGUCAUCACCGGGGGCAUCUUGGCGACUGUGAUUCUGCUCUGCAUCAUCGCAGUUCUGUGCUACUGUCGGCUGCAGUACUACUGCUGCAAGAAGGGCGAGUCCGAGGAGGACGAGGAGGAGCCGGACUUCGCGGUGCACUCGCACCUGCCGCCGCUGCACUCCAACCGCAACCUCGUGCUGACCAACGGGCCGGCGCUCUACCCGGCCGCCUCCACCUCCUUCAGCCAGAGGUCCCCGCAGGCCCGUGCCCUCUGCCGUAGCUGCUCCCACUACGAGCCGCCCACCUUCUUCCUGCAGGAGCCCCCCGAGGACGAGGACGUGCUCAACGGCGGGGAGCGUGUGGCCUACAGGAGCGUCAGCCAGGAGGACGUGGCACUGUCCCCUGGGGGCCUCGGCGGCCUGCAGGCACUCAACCCUAACCGCCUCUCGGCCAUGCGGGAGGCCUUCUCCCGGAGCCGCAGCAUCAGCACCGAUGUGUGA